GGUCUGACAGCCUGAACUGGUUUUUAUCUUUGAUUGAAACUCGAUCAGCUGUUUAUUCUCUGACGGUACAAAACAACACCCAGCAGUGAAUCAAAGAACUCCUGCUGCUUGUUGUCUUUACCAGGAGACAAAUUAAGAAAAGUUCAUGUUGUGAUGUCAGACACUCGAGGAGGCGGGGCUUGUGUUGUGGUCCCUGGGUUUGGUUUGUCAGGUUGGUGUUUCUGAUUGGCAGGUGAGUGUCACAAACCUCCUGCUAUCAGAAGUGUGAAUCUUUUAACUGGUGGACCCCCGUCGUCAACAGCAGCAAAGCGUCCUUUUAGUCCUGACCCACAGACUGAAUCAAAAGACUUCCAGAGUGUCUGUGAGGAAGCCCAGAGGUUUCUGAUGGGAAACUUUGAACCCUGCAGUCUGGGUUUAACACUCGCCACCGUCUCUGUCAGGAAAUGCUAAUAUGGUUUGUGUUGCUGUGGUGGGACAGGACUAUCAGUCCAAGAUAAGACAGAAGAGAACUUCAGUCAGGGCUUUCAGCUGGAGUUUCUGCUUCACAAGACAAUAAAAAUAUGAUGAACAAAGCAAAUAUGACGACUUUCUUAUUUCUUUAUCGUCAUGGAGCCACAGGCACUAAACUCAGGAACUGAACUAUAAACCCAAACUUUGUGUUGCACAUUCCUGAUGAUGUUUCCACUGAAUCUGAGGGGCUGAGAUUACAAGUUGGACAGAAAAUCGAUCAAAAAUGUGGAGUUUGAGUGGAUGUAAUGAAGACUUGUAGAGGUGGAAGAGGAGAACAAAAACUCCAGAGAAUGGAAGCUCCAAAGUGGAAGCUCUUUUCUGUUUUAGAACAAAGAUGUGAUGAUGUUUCAGUCAGAUGAAUUCAUGUCCUCAUGUUGACUCCAGUUCCACCCAGUGAUGUUAACUGUGUGAAUGAUGGAGAAGUUGUUGCAGCUACAAGCUUCAUGCUGACCAUCACUGAGGUUCAGACUUUUCCACCACAGGAACUGAAGGCGGUUCUGCUUUGGUUUCCACUGUUCUCUCCUCACGUUGGGGGCGACUUCCUGCAGCUAAAUGUCAGCUCAGCUCAGGAUGUGAUACUGAAUCCAAGUUCAUGUACUCUGAGGGGGAACUGAAUCCAACAGCCACAACACAGAAAACACAGCAGGACGUCCACCAGCAGGACAGCAGCAGAAAUCUUGUAAUGUGUGAUGGAGACGUUGUUGUCAUGAAUGUUGGAGCUCUGACAGCAUGUUGUUGUGUUUGUGUGAAGGUGUGGGCUCUGCUAUGAAUCAGUGUGAGGAGACAGAGGAGGGAGUCCCUCCCUCUAAAACCACUCUGUGUGGGGAACAUGACAGCCAGACCAAAGCUCAGAGCCCCGAGCAGCAGCAGAGACCAGACUGUCCUGAACCUGAACCCAGCUGUGUGUCCAUGAAGAGUGACGGGUCCAUGGGUCAACCAAUAUAUUUUAAAGAACGACUUCCUUCAGAGACUCAAGUUCAGCAGCAACAAUCAGAUGUUCUCGGUGGUCAGUCUGUCCAGCAGAAUCCAGCAGACCUGGACUCCAUAUUCAUGCAUCUUGAGGAGAACGUUGUCGCUUUUGUGAAGAACGAGCUGAAGAAGUUCCAGAAGGUUCUGAGUCCAGAUUACCCAGAAAGCUUAGAGAGGCAGAGUGAGGAUGAGGAGGUGUUGGAUGGUGAGGAUGAAGAGCAGAGGAGCAGCAGCAGAGACGCAUUUCUGAAGAUCACACUGCACUUCCUGAGGAGAAUGAAGCAGGAGGAGCUGGCUGACCGUCUGCACAGCAGAACUGUUGCUCCAGUUUGUCGUCAGCUCAAAUCUGAGCUGAAGAAGAAGUAUGAGUGUGUGUUUGAGGGGAUUGCUAAAGCAGGAAACCCGACCCUCCUGAAUCAGAUCUACACAGAGCUCUACAUCACAGAGGGAGGGACUGCAGAGGUCAAUGAAGAACAUGAGGUCAGACAGAUUGAAACAGCAUCCAGGAAAACCACAAGACCAGAAACAACAAUCAGACAAGAAGACAUCUUUAAAGCCUCACCUGGAAGAGAUGGACCAAUCAGAACAGUGAUGACAAAGGGAGUGGCUGGCAUUGGGAAAACAGUCUUAACACAGAAGUUCACUCUGGACUGGGCUGAAGACAAAGCCAACCAGGACGUCCACUUCACAUUUCCAUUCACUUUCAGAGAGCUGAAUGUGCUGAGAGAGAAAAAGUCCAGCUUGGUGAAACUUGUUCAUGACUUCUUCACUGAAACCAAAGAAGCAGGAAUCUGCAGGUUUGAAGAGUUCCAGGUUGUGUUCAUCUUUGACGGUCUGGAUGAGUGUCGACUUCCUCUGGACUUCCACAACAAUGAGAUCCUGACUGAUGUCACAGAGUCCACCUCAGUGGAUGUGCUGCUGACAAACCUCAUCAGGGGGAAUCUGCUUCCCUCUGCUCGCCUCUGGAUAACCACACGACCUGCAGCAGCCAAUCAGAUCCCUCCUGAGUGUGUUGACAUGGUGACAGAGGUCAGAGGGUUCACUGACCCACAGAAGGAGGAGUACUUCAGGAAGAGAUCCAGAGAUGAGGAGCAGGCCAGCAGAAUCAUCUCCCACAUCAAGACAUCACGAAGCCUCCACAUCAUGUGCCACAUCCCAGUCUUCUGCUGGAUCACUGCUACAGUUCUGGAGGAUGUGUUGAAGACCAGAGAGGGAGGAGAGCUGCCCAAGACCCUGACUGAGAUGUACAUCCACUUCCUGGUGGUUCAGUCCAAAGUGAAGAACAUCAAGUAUGAUGGAGGAGCUGGUACAGAUCCACAGUGGAGUCCAGACAGCAGGAAGAUGAUUGAGUCUCUGGGAAAACUGGCUUUUGAGCAGCUGCAGAAAGGAAACCUGAUCUUCUAUGAAUCAGACCUGACAGACUGUGGCAUCGAUAUCAGAGCAGCCUCAGUGUACUCAGGAGUGUUCACCCAGAUCUUUAAAGAGGAGAGAGGACUGUACCAGGACAAGGUGUUCUGCUUCAUCCAUCUGAGCGUUCAGGAGUUUCUGGCUGCUCUUCAUGUCCACCAGACAUUCAACAAAUCUGGUGUCAACCUGAUGUCAGGAAAACCAUCAACCUCCAGGUUGUCUCAGUUGAUCAGAAACAAACAGGAACAAACUCAUCUGUACCAGAGUGCUGUGGAUGAGGCUUUGCAGAGUCCAAAUGGACACCUGGACUUGUUCCUCCGCUUCCUCCUGGGUCUUUCACUUCAGACCAAUCAGACUCUCCUACGAGGUCGGAUGAAACACACAGGAAGUAUCUCACAGACCAAUCAGGAAACAGUCAGGUACAUCAAGAAGAAGAUCAGUGAGAAUCUGUCUCCAGAGAGGAGCAUCAAUCUGUUCCACUGUCUGAAUGAACUGAAUGAUGGUUCUCUGGUGGAGGAGAUCCAACAGUCCCUGAGGUCAGGAAGUCUCUCCACAGAUGAACUGUCUCCUGCUCAGUGGUCAGCUCUGGUCUUCAUCUUACUGUCAUCAGAAGAAGAUCUGGACGUGUUUGACCUGAAGAAAUACUCUGCUUCAGAGGAGGCUCUUCUGAGGCUGCUGCCAGUGGUCAAAGCCUCCAACAAAGCUCUGCUGAGUGGCUGUAAUCUGUCAGAGAGAAGCUGUGAAGCUCUGUCCUCAGUUCUCAGCUCCCAGUCCUCUAGUCUGAGAGAGCUGGACCUGAGUAACAACCACCUGAAGGAUUCAGGAGUGAAGCUGCUGGCUGCUGGACUGAAGAGUCCAAACUGUCAGCUGGAGACUCUCAGGUUGUCAGGUUGUAUGAUCACACAGGAAGGCUGUACUUCUCUGGCCUCAGCUCUGAGAUCCAACCCCUCCCACCUGAGAGAGCUGGACCUGAGCUACAAUCAUCCAGGAGACUCAGGAGUGGAGCUGCUGUCUGCUGGACUGGCGGAUCCACAUUGGAGACUGAACACUCUCAGGGUGGAACAUGGUGGACAGCAGAGGCUGAAACCUGGUGUGAGGAAGUAUGCCUGUGAACUCACAGUGGACACAAACACAGUAAACACAGACCUCAAACUGUCUGACAACAACAGGACGGUGACAGCAGUGAUGAAGAAGCAGCCUCAUCCUGAUCAUCCAGAGAGGUUUGACUGCUUUAAACAGCUGCUGUGUAGAACUGGUCUGACUGGUCGCUGCUACUGGGAGGUCGAGUGGAGUGGAGAAGUUUUUAUAUCAGUGACUUACAGAGGAAUCAGAAGGAAAGGAUACACUGCUGACUGUGUGUUUGGAUGGAAUAAUCAGUCCUGGAGUCUCGAGUGCUCUGAUGUUGGUUUCUCUGUCUGGCACAAUAACAGAAGAACAGACCUCCCCUCCUCCUCCUCCUCCUCCUCCUCCUCCUCCUCCUCUUCUGUCUUUCACAGAGUUGCAGUGUAUGUGGACUGUCCUGCUGGCACUCUGUCCUUCUACAGAGUCUCCUCUGACACACUGAUCCACCUCCACACCUUCAACACCACAUUCACUGAACCUCUUUAUGCUGGAUUUUGGCUCUGGUCGUUCGGUUCCUCAGUGUCUCUGUGCUCAGUGUAGGAGGGAGAGUCUCCUCCUGUUAGAGAAACACACACACACACAAACAGUUUGAAAUAACUUGAAAUCCUUUUAAAUCUGUUUUCACUCUGCAAUAGCC